AUGCAAGCCAAUGUCGUUGCUCGGCGCACCCAGUUUUCCAGUUGUGACGAGUGCCGUCGAUCCAGAGUGGGUUGCGACGCUCUGAGCCGUAGCAAUGAGACUGGCGACUCGGCUGCUUCUUGCACCCGGUGCUUGAAUCGCAACCAGCAAUGUACUUUCAAGUGGAUGAAAGAGAAGGGCGCCGAGCCAAAGCGCGCACCAUUGGGCCGACGCAAGCUUCGCCGGCAAUCCGAGAUAUCUAGUUGUGGUGGCCCGAAGGACCUUAAUGACAGACAGGAUGACCGAAUGGCCUCGUCUCCUCGUGAUCCUUGGGACCCCACCAAGCCUAGGCAGACCACUGUCUCUUCACCGGCAGCUACAGAUUCGACAACCGGUUCGGUUUCGGACUUGCUGAGCCCGCUGGAGAAUACCUGGCUUCAGGUUCUUUACUGCGAUGGUUUUGACGCAGUUUUCGGGUCUUGGAUGGGCAGGGACGGCUGUCCAUUCCUCUUCGCCGAACACAGCCUGGCAGGGAAGCAUGUCAACAUUGCCGAGGUUUGUGGUCGGCUCGACCGGUGGGUAGCUGAGAACUCUGAUGAUGAGAGGAAUAACCCUCUCCGCGCUCCAGUCCGUGAACCUCGCAUAAAAGACAGAUUGAUUGAUCAGUCAAUGCGAAGCACGAUUGCUGCUUUUUCAGCCCGAUGGCUCUACGUUACCGUCAAGGGCGCUGGGUCAGAACAACACCACCAAAACAUUGUGCUUGCCCUUUGGAGAACUGCCCGGCGAGAUAUGCUUCGAGUCAUUAAUCGACCGUCGUAUCGGUCUAUGCUUUCGUUGUUUUUGUUCGCCUUGACACCGAUUCCCACUGGCAUAUCAGAGGAGGAGGAGAUUGAUGGCAUUUCGGGGCAAGCGUGCGUGCAUGCGGCCUUGCAACAGAUACAAACCCUGCGAGCGAGACAGCGAAACUUACAAUUCAGUGGAUCAAAAGUGUCACCGUCCACAGUCAAGUCAAAAUCCGUCGUAGCUAACCCCGAUGCCAUCGGCAGCUCAGACUUUAUUGCCGCAGAGAGUAUUGCUUACUGGGCAGCUUUAACAUUCGAUACUUCAGCAUCUUUAACUCUCAACUGUCGCCCCUUGUUGUCUUCUGGUCUGUUCGGAUUCGAGGCUGAGCUUCCUUGGCGGCUGAUACGAACUGGCGCGAAAAUGUUUUAUGAAAUGACAAAGACUUGGCGCGCUGAUGGAGUCAUCGACAUGACAGAUGAGCGAGCAAACCAAAUUAUUGCCAGCGGAAGUGCAUGGAAACUCCUUGCGUGGAAGUUGACAUCAGUCUUCAAAGAGGCUCUGCGCGACGGACAUAAUGAAUCAGAAGUCAGUAGAGCGUUCGGCUUUGUCACUGGCGCAAUUCAACAAUUUGACGACGUCUUCCGACGACCUUUAGAGGCGUGUCAAAGGCGAAUGCACUUUCUCGGACAACAAACAAAACUUCGCUGGUACUCCUUAAUGUUGCAUUACCAUCUUAGCAUACUGAUGUUCAUCGACAUCAUUGAAGCCACUGAACGAUACGACUUGUUGGCCAGCGUGACUGAGACCAACGCCGACGCAGAAAACGCUGUUAUGAAUGCCCUGGUUUUUGGGCUUCAAAACUCUUUUACCAUGACUGUUGCAUCACCUUCCACUCAACAAGAUGCCGAGGACGCGUUCGAGGCAUCUUUCACUGUACCCAUCAUAUCUAUCGAUCCAUACCCGCAUCACGUCGUUGCUAGUGUCCAGCUUAUACGGAAAGCUAUUGACAGGGACUUGAGACAAGGCAAGAUUACUGAUGAAUCGCAUGCAAGUCUUCGAUCUACACUGGAAGCGGCGCUAAGCCAUCUUCCCCAAAGUUCCAAGUCCGUGCAGGCAGCACGGAACCGAUCUUCUGAGAUGGGAACGACGGAUGCGAUAUUGUCGCGUCAAGAUCCGUAUGUAGUCUUGCAAGCACAGUUCGCGGAAUAG